GCACUCUUUUUUGUAUUUUAGCAGUGUUUUUUAUUUGGGUCAUUUUCUCAAUGAGAUCCUUUUGAAGGACAACAUGCCAGGGAAAGCAGCCCAGAGCACGGCCCCAACUCCAGAACUCGAAGAGCAGGUGGAUGAAAUGGACAGUGGCAUCCCUGGACCAGACAAAUCCCACCACACCUCCACCUCAUCAGCUUCUACCCCCAGUGACUGCACUUCAACUCCCUCACCUGACUCCCCUCCUGAGCUCUCACCAUCUGACAGCCCUGAAAGCCCCUCUCCCUUCGGCCCCAGGCUUCCCAAAAGACAACAAGGAGCUUCAGUUGACAGGCCGCAACCCGAGGGAGCAAGCAGCGACUGUGGGGGGGACACAAGACUCUACCCUGGCAGCAUGCGACUGGUAAACAAAUAUACCAAGGGUUCGUGCAAGCAAGCGUACCAGCCAAUCAAAAUGGAGCGCAUCAAGGUGCUUACAGGCACAGAAAUUGAGAGUGACUACAAAGAGCCAGAAACUCUUGCCUCCCGCGUGGUGAUGGGACAGGAAACUCUGCUGAGAAAUUCAGAAUCUUUACCAGAGCAUGGAGAAGGCAACACUAGGGAAAGUGCAAAAAGGGCAGAAAACAAGAUAUGCACACCAGAGGAAAGCAUGGCUGGUGUUCAAACUGUGAGUGCAAUUGAGGAUAAGAAACCAGGAGAGGUCCAAGAAAAAGACCCACAGCUUGAUACAGGUCAAGAUAAGGGAAGCAUCUUCAUGACCAAUGCUCUGACUUGUGAGUUAGAAGUGACAAAGCCGAUAUCACAGACGCUUCUCUGCUUUGUUCAGGAGUCCAAAGCCAAGGCCGGGGUAGAGGUGGAUGCCUUUUGUGUUCAGGGUUCUCCUGCUGAAGAAGCUGUUGAUCAGCCACGCCUGCAGCAAACUCAGGGUGAAGUGCCUUCCUUGUCAUUAUCUGAACCUUGUUGCACAGGUGGGUUGCAUGAUGUCGACCCACAACGGGGUGGCUUUCCACCCAAUCUGGAAUCUGAUCUCUACUUCACUGCACCUUCCACUCCUGUCAAGAUGGCCUUUCCUUAUCACCUCAAGAACCACUGCUUUGCCUAUUCCACCCCAGGAUCUGCCCCUGAAGAGCCUACAGACUUCUCAGAAGGGGAAGGUCUCUGUUCUCCGCCCACCUCCCCAUCUGGGUCUUAUAUUACAGCUGAGGGUGGUAGCUGGGCAUCGUCUUGCACUUCAAGCACUUCCCCUUCGUCGUCUCCCAACCUCAUUGCUGAGGGUGAGCUGCAGGAGGCUCCAGCCUGUUAUGUGGAGUCUCUCUCAGAAAUUGGUGAUGAACUUGGAGAAGAGAAAUCAGGUUUGGGAACUGAGGCCCUAUGUCAAAGGCAAGACAUUGUUGAAAGCGUUAGAACACAAGAAGUCAUUGCCAUGCCUAGUUGUGGUGAAGGGCCAAAUACAAUUUCAUCUGAAACUCUCUGGCAGGCAGAGAAACAUCACCAUUCUCCACAGCACAGCAGCCCCCAGAGAUGUUCAUUCGAAGAAGAGUCUGAAGAGUCAUUGGGGCCUUGUGUUGACCUGAAGUCAGUAAAGCUUAAAACUGAUGGUCAGCAAGAUGCACAGUUUGCUACUCUUGAAACCCAUCUAAGUCCUGAGGAAGAAAUUUCUUCUGAGACCCCUACUCCUUGCACUUUUAGUCAUUUGCUUGGUGCAGAAGAUGGUAAUAGCUUCACACUGGCAACUUGCUCUUCUGAAGUUUCAGACACAGAUAAUUAUAGUCCUCCUGGGGAGACACUGUCCUCCACCUCAGACUUUCCUAGUUCUUUUGUUGAAGAUGGUAGCAGCAAUGACUUCAUGAUACCUGCAUCUAUGCUACCUUUUCAUACUAGCUUGAUCUUUCAAGCUGAUUCCAUGGAAAUUACCCUCUUUCCAACAGAUGAAGAAGUAACCAAUGAUGAAGAUGCCUAUGCUGCAGGAGAAGAUGAAGGAGAUAUAGAUGAGGGUGAGGAUGAGGAUUAUGAAGAAGUAAAUUGUGGGGAUGAAGUAAAUGAAGAAGACACAUCUGCAUCUUUCAUGAAUUCACUUUCAGAGACCUCCAUUAAUGAAGGUGUAGAUGAAUCAUUUGUUUAUCAGGAUGAUACAGAGGAAUCCUCAGAUUCUGCCUCCUAUAACGAAGAGGAGGAUGAGAGGCUGUACAGCACAGAACGGCAUGCAGUUGUAGCAGAAGAUUUGUCUGGACCAGCCAACUUCAUAGAGACCCUUGAAAGUAAAGGUCACUCUUCCCAUUCUGGGAGCUCAAGUGGAAGUGCAAGCGAAAGCGAGAUGGACAUUUCAUCUGGUUCAUUUGAUUCAAGAGAGGAACAAGAGGACUUUCCGCUGUCUGUUUCUGCUCCUCAUGAGGACCUCAGUCUUGCAGUGGGAGAUACUACUGAUCUGGAGAAGGAAACUCAACACAAAGAUACAGAAAAUGUACAAGCAUCCGAGUUGGAACAAGAAACAGCUCUCUGCUUCCCUGAUGAUGAACGGCAAAGUUCACCCUGUAGACUUCUUGAAAGCCCCACUGACCUCAUAACCUCCCCUCAGCCUUCUGCUCCUUGCCCAACACCUUCUACACCUAUCACGCCACCAGAUUCUCCUAACCAACCUGAGGAGCACCAGGUGAUGAAGCGGGAGUCUGUGCUGGCACAGCAGGGAGUGUUCCUGUCAGAACAGCUGAAAUAUCACCAGCAGGAUCUGCACAAGAAGCUGAAAGAGUUUAAUCAAUUAAUGCAUUCUUCUGAAGAGCCCCGAGGCAUCCCCCAAGCAGAAGGUAUUCAACAAUCAGAUUACUGCAUGGCAGAACCCAACAGUAUUGCCUGUGCAAAGAAGUUGUGCCAAUAUGAUAAUGCCACAGAAGAGCCUACUGAUAUUUCCCAGGCAAGAAGUCUUCAGUGCUGCAUGCAGACCUCCAUUGGCAUAUUUCUAAUUGAAAACGUCCAAGUUAAUGACCACUCAGAGGAACUAGACAAUAUCACUCAGGUAGAAAGUUUGCUCCAGUCAGAUGAACUCUCCCAGCAUGGGGGUGGGCAUCAGUCAAGUUACAGUAGUGAAGUAUCCAUCAUCACACAGACAGAAGGUCCAAACCAAUCAGAUUGCAGCACAGGAAGAUCCAGCAAUGUGUCCAGAGCAGAAACAUUGAACAGCUUUGUCCAGGCAAAAAAUGUGACCCAGUAUGAUCAGGACACAACAGAACUCAGCAGCAUGCCUCAGGUAAAAUGUGUGCCCCCAUCAGAUGGUGCAGGCACACUUGGAGAUGUCUUGCUAGCAGAAGGUGUACAACAAUCAAAUGACUGCAGUGAGGAAACUAAUGAUUUAAUGCAGGCAAAUGUCAAACUACAAUCAGUUAAUGGCAAAGAAGAUCAGAGUAUGAUCUCGCAGAAACAGAAUUUUUGUCAGUCAGAUGGUGGUACUGAAGAAACCGAGGACAUAUCACAGGGCAAAGAUCUGUAUCACUUACAUUACAGCAGUGACGACCCUGAUAAUAUUCCUCAGGCAGAAAAUCUACAAGCUUUAGAUGAUAUUUCAGAGGAAACUAUAGAUAUCUGUCAUAGAUUUAAACCAGAUAACUAUAGAGAAGAACCUAGCAAAAAGUGUCAGACAGAAAAUGUUUACCAAUCAGAUGACAGUAUGGAUGACUCUAGUGACAGCUCACAAAUGGAAGAUUUACACAAAUUACAUGAUUUUGCAGUGAAAAUGGCUAACAUCCUACAACCAUUAUUCCAUCCUGACAAAGAUGAUCCCCUAUGCCAAGCAGAAAAUGCUUUCCAGUCAGGUGCUAACAGCAUCUCUCAGGAGCAAGGUUUUUACCCAUCAGAUUGCUACAUGGAAAAGGUUUGUAGUAUACAGCAGACAGAAAAUGCACCGCAAUCAAGUGAUAGCCCAGAAAAACCCAUUAUCUUCAAAGAAGCUGAAGAAAUCCACCCAGCAGAUGUUGGCACAGACCAACCUGGUGAUGUCUUGCAAGCAGAAGAUCUGCACAGCUGUGAUUAUGAUAGAAAAGAACUCAGCUACGUCACUCAGGCAUACCUCUUAUAUGAGUCACAUGACUGUACUGAAGAACCUAGUGACUCCUCCCAGAUAGAUAAUGACACACAAGAGGUCCAUAACUUCAGCCAAGCAGAAGGUCAGCUUCAAUCAGGGGAUGAUAAAGACAAAUCUAUUGAUUUAAUCUCACAGUCACAAGUUCUAGGCCAAUCACAUCACUAUAAAGAAGCCGACGAAGCUUGUGACAUCUCUCAAGCAUCAAGACUACACCAGUCAUAUUAUUUCACUCAAGAUCUUGAUGACUUGUCACAAGCAGAAAAUGUGUGCCCUGCAACUGAUGGCACCAAAGAACACAGCAACGUCAUUUUAACAGAAGGUCUACAGCAAUCAAAUGUUUGUACUGGAGAACACGGUGUCCAAUUUCAGGAAGCAGUUCACUCUAAUUAUAGCCUAGAAGAACUCAACAAAAUUACCCAAGCAGAUGGUCAGCAUUUAUUAGAUUAUGAAAAACCUGGGGAUAUGUUCGGGGAAGAAGGUCCACAUCCAUCCCACUGCCACAGCAGACAACCUGAGGAGCAGUUCCAGGCAGAACAUGGGAUCCAAGCAGAUGGUGGCAAAGAAGAACUCUACAAAGACACUCAGGAGGAAGGUCUGAAUAAAUCACAUGAUGGUACAAACAUCUCACAGGUAGAAAAUAUAAGUCUGUCAUAUAAUUAUAAUGAUGAAUAUAGUGGCACCCCUCAGGAAGAAGGUCUGAACCAAUCAUCUGAGAGUAUAGCCAUCUCACAGGUAGAAAAUAUAAUUCUUCCAUAUUGUUACACUGAAGAAUCUGAUAUCAGCUUUCAAGAAGAAGAUCUAAAUCCAUCAUAUGCUGCUUUAGAUAUCUCACAGGCAGAAAAUAUUAGCUUGGUAGUCUGUCAUAAUAAUGAAGAUGAUUCUAGUAGCACUAUUCAAGAAGGUGCAAAUCUUUCACAUGAUAGUACAAACAUCUCACAAACAGAAAUAAUGAGUCUGUCAUAUUGCUACAAUGAAGAAUGUAAUAGAAGCUCUCAGGAAGCAAGUCUGAAGCAGUCAUAUGGUGAUGCAAAUAUUUCACAGGAAGAAAAUAUAAAUUUGCCAUAUAAUUGUAAUGAUGAAUCUUAUGGCACCAUCCAGGAAGAAGGUCUGAACCAAUCAUAUGAUGGUGCAAAGAUCUCACAGGAAGAAAAUAUGAGCCUUUUAUAUCAUAAUAAUGAUAAUGAUGAAUCUAGUGGCACCAAUCAGGAAGAAGGUAUGAACCAAUUGUAUGAUGGUACAACCAUCUCACAUGCAGAAAAUAUGAGUCUGUCAUAUUGUUGCAAUAAAGAUUCUAUCAGCAACAUUCAGUCCGGAGGACUGAACCAAUCAUCCAAUGGUACAAAUAUUCCAGGUGAUAUUGCACAGGCUGAAAAAAUGAGUCUUCCAUGCUGUCAUAAUGAAGAAUUGAGAGACAUAACUCAAGUAGACGGUGACAACACACCAUAUUUCUGCAGUGAACAAUCUAAUGAUUUUGUAGAGGCCAAAAAUGCGUUAUACUUAGAUGACAGCACAGACAAAAUCCACACUUUCAGUCAAGAAGCAGAUGUGAUGCAAUCAAAUGACACUAAUAAAUCUAGUGAUAUUUCAAAGCAUGAUUGUCAAAGCCACAUGUCUUGCAACAAUGAAGAAUCUGGUGAUGUCUGUAAAGUAGAAGGUCUGCUCUACUCACAUUUCUGCACUAAAGAACCUGGUGAUUUAUCACAGGCAGAAAAUGUGCAACACUCAGAUGAUGGCUUAGAAGAGCUUAGCAACAUCACCCAAGAAGAAUUUCAGCACCUAUCAGAGUGUGAUACACCUGGAGAUGUAUUUGAGUCAGAAGGACUUCCUUCAUCCCAUUGCUACAACAGAGAAAUUGUUGACAAGUUUCAGGAAGAGCAUGGGCCCCAAUUAGAUGAUGCCAGAGAGGAACUCCACCUAAGCACUCAGGAAGAAACUCUGAACCAAUCAUGCAGUAGUGCAAAUAUGAGCCUGGCAUGCCACUAUAAUGAAGACUGUAGUGGCACAACACCAAAAGAUAGUCUGAGCCAAUCACAUGAUGGUAGAUACGUACCUGAUGAUAUCUCACAGGAUGGAAAUAUGAGCUUUUCAUACUGUUAUAAUGAGGAAUUUAGUAGAAUCACUCAUUUGGAAGGUGUGGAUUCAACAAAUUUCCACAGUGGAGAAAGUAAUGAUUUGUCGCAAACCAAAAAUGUGUUCCACUUAGAUGAUGACACAGAAGAAAUCCACAGGUUCAGUCAGGGAGCAGGUGUAAUUCAAUCAAAUGAAGGCACUGAGGAACUUACUGAAAUUUCGCAGGUUCAAUAUCAAAGCCAGUUGUCUCACUACAUUGAAGAAUCCAGUGAAGUCUGUCAAGAUGAAAGUCUGCACCCUUCACAUUACUUCAACAAAGAACAUGCUGACCCUUCAGAGACAGAAAAUGUGCUCCACUCAGAUGAUGGCCUAGACGAACUCAGCAGCACCAUCAAUGUAGACAUUCUGCACUCAACAGAUAUUAUAAACAAAUUUGGAGAUAUACCACAGACAGAAGGAGACUGCACGAAAGAACCUAGUGACCAACUCCAGACAGAUCAUGAAUACCAAUCUGAUAAAAACACAGAGGAAAUCCCAAAAUCUAGUCAGGGAGCAGGCAUUCUCCAAUCAAGAGAUGGCACAGAAAAACAUAAUGAUAUCUCUCAGCCAGAAGAUAUAAGCCAAUCAUUUCAUCAUGAUGAAAAAUGUGUUGAUGUCUCUCAAGUAGAAGUUCCACAUCAGACAUAUAUCAACUAUGAAAAGUAUAUUGGGCUAUACCAAACUGAAAAACACACCCCAUCAGAAGAGGCAAAAGAAGAUAUCAACAACAUGACCAAAGUAGAAGGCUUACAUUUUUCAGGUAAAGUUAAAGUUAAUCUUGGGGAUACCCUGCAGGCAGAAAGUCUACUCAAUUCAGCUUAUUGUACUGGUCUAACUGAAGAUGUACUUAACUCAGCUGACAGACCAAAAGAAUGGUACACCAUCACGGAGUCAGAAGGUAUGCACCCUGGUGACAAAGACAAACCAGCUGAUACAUCACAGACAAAAGAUUUAGGGAAUUCAUAUCAUCAAAACAAUAAAGAAUCUUGUGACAUCUCUCAGGCUGAUGCUCUCUGCCAAUCUCAUUGCUCUUCAGAAGAACAAGGUGGCCUACACCAAGCUGAAAAGGAGCUUAUUCUUGGUAAUGGUACAUACAAACUCAGCAAGAUAACCCAAGAAGAAGGCCAACAGUUUUCAGACAAUGGUAAGGAUAAGCCUGGACAUACCCCACAAGCAGAAGAUCUACAGCAAUCAGUUGACUGUAGAGAAGAACCUGGUGUCCUCACCCAUAGAGAGAAUUUGCUCCAGUCAGAUGAUGAGCCAAAAGAACUCUGCAAUGUCAUUCAAGCAGACAUUCUGUACCAAUCAGAUGUCAAAAAUAAAUCUGCUGACAUCUCUCAGAGAGAAGCCCUAAACCAAGCACAUCAUUAUAAUGAAGGCAAUGGCUGCAUCUCUCAAGGCGAAGCUGUACUCCAGCCCAGUUACUACACUGAACAGCACAUUGGUCUGUGCCACGCAGAAGAUAUGAUGUUGUUAGAUGACAAUACACCAGAACUAAAUAACAUAAUUCAUGAAAAAAGUCAGCAUUUGUCAGACAGUGGUGCAGAUAAAUCUAAUGAUAUCUUGCAGGGUAUAGGUCCAAGCAAUUCCUAUCACUACAAUGAGAAAUAUGGAGCUGGGGACAUCUGUCAAGCUAAAGAUCUACACAAAUCAGAGUCCAGCAAAAUUCUGCAAGUAGGACAUGUUCAACAAUUAGAUUAUGGCACAGGGAAAUCUUUUGAUAAAUCUGAACAAGAAACUCUACACCAUUCUAAUUUCUACCCAACAAAUAUAACUGGUGUGUGCAAGUCUGAAAAUCUCCUUAAAUCAGAGUCCCUACUUGAAAUUCCCACCAAAGGUGGCCAUGAAAAAAAUCAGGGCUCCAUAUCAGCUGAGUCAGGCUCCUCCAGUGAAACAGAUAUCCUAUUGCCUUCAGCAUGUAUCUCCCAUAAUCUCAUGAAAAUGCCACCUGGCAGUCAGAAGCAGGGUGAGGUGGACAGAAGCUUAGCCCUGAAGGCCAGCUGUGAGGUCGCCUUCAGUCAGAGAGGAUCCUGUAAUGAUUCUGAUAGCGAUGACUCUGUGCCUGACUUAGAAGAACCAGAGAUUCAGCCUACUAGGACGGCUCAGUCUCAGUCCCAGCUCACGCACUCCAUAGGAUCAGGAGAGGAGUCCAUCAACAAAGCCAAGCAAAGCCGUAGUGAAAAGAAGGCUCGCAAGGCCAUGUCUAAACUUGGUCUUCGACAAGUGCACGGCGUUACCAGGAUCACCAUUCGAAAAUCAAAAAAUAUUCUGUUUGUCAUAACCAAGCCUGAUGUUUUCAAAAGUCCUGCAUCUGAUAUCUACAUUGUUUUUGGAGAAGCCAAGAUUGAGGACCUGUCGCAACAGGUGCAUAAAGCAGCAGCAGAGAAGUUCAAGGUUCCAAUUGAGCAUUCGCCCCUCAUUACAGAGACAACUCCGACGCUCACCAUCAAGGAGGAGAGUGAAGAUGAAGAAGAGUUGGAUGAGACAGGUCUGGAAGUCAGAGACAUUGAGCUAGUAAUGGCACAGGCUAAUGUGUCGAGAGCCAAAGCUGUCAAAGCAUUGAGGCACAACAAAAAUGAUAUUGUCAAUGCUAUUAUGGAGCUGACCAUGUAGCACUAAUGAAGAAGAGGAGGGUAAAGCAUCUGCCUAUCUGCACAGGAAACCCAAGCUCCGUAUUCUUACUACAUACUACUACAUAGAAUGAACUGUACUGCUGCUACCUUGCUUUCCUAAAUAUGCUCAAUAAAAUGGUCUGUUAUAACCAA